AUGAUACUCAUUGUCACCCUCAGGAAUAAUUUCACAGCCGGCGAUGUGGGACUAAGUGUGAACGUGAUUCUGACAGUCACUAGGGCCCUGUUGAUCGCUAUACAAUCAUGGGCCAACUUCGAUGCCUUGCUGGGCGUCAUUUCACGCAUCAUGGACUCUGUGAAGACGGUGAUCCCCGAGCCAGAGCCGACCUCACCAACCGUACCGCCUAAAUCAUGGCCUGCCACCGGUGCGGUUGAGCCGACCGGAGCACCUUCGGGAGCCGCCCACGCUCUCGACCAUAUCUUGUUGAAGGUGGACACGGGCCAAACCAUUAGCAUCCGCGGACGCACCGGCAGUGGCAAAUUCUCUCCAUUCUGUUGA